AUGUCGGCCACAAACACAACCUCGACACUCGCCUAUUGGGAUAUAAUAGGUUUCGCACAACCCAUACGUUAUCUCCUAAAGUAUGCCGGAAUCGACUUCAAUGAUAAACGCUAUGUGUUUAGCAAUGAGAAGGAAUGGCAAUCAGUUAAGUCUACUUUAGGUCUGGAUUUCCCAAACCUUCCCUAUUAUAUCGAUGGAGACAUUAAACUGACCCAAAGUCUGGCGAUAUUGAGAUAUUUGGGUCGAAAGCACCGAUUGGUGGCCACCGAUGACCAGACACUCGUCCGACAAGACAUGGCUGAGCAACAGAUCCAAGACAUGAGGGAUGGCUUAUUCAAUAUCAUAAUGAAUCCGGAUUAUGAGACAAGAGAGGCUGACUAUUGCACGGGUACUCUGGAACCACAGUUAGAUUUGUUGGUAAAGUUUAUGGGGGAUAAGGAAUGGCUGAGCGGACAGUUGUCUUACGUAGACUUCAUGGCCUACGAGAUACUGGACUGGUUUAGACUGUUCUCAUCGGAUACUAUCGCCAAAUAUCCGGUGAUCACCCGAUAUAUGGCUCGUUUUGAAGUAGAAUGCAAAGUUGGGCAACCGAACCCGGUGGGCACCUGGGCCCGCCCGACCCGUACGGGUUUUGGGCGGGUUUGGGCUAGGGCUGCCAAACGUCCUCCUUUUGGAGGAUUGUCCUACAAUCGGGCCCUCAAAAAACAGUCCUCCCGAGGGUCUCAGGAGGACAAUGUAAUGUCCUCCCAGAAGUAA